AUGGAGUUGACGACAGCGAGUAGUCCGCCAAAGAAGACUUCGAAACGAUCCUCUAACGCGUGUAUCCGUUGUCGCAAACAGAAAAUAAAAUGUUCUGGCCUUCAGCCAUGCGAAGGAUGUAUGAAAAGGAAAGCGAACUGCGUGUUCGAUGAUGCCGGUGAUAGGGUAGUUGUGAAGAGAGCGUUCCUUUUAGAACUUCAACAGAAGGCGGCGCGGUCAGAGCGACAGCCACCAGCCGCUGAAGGAAGUGUAUCGGCACCAUCUCUGUUUGGGCAAGAUGCUGAUGGCAUGCGCGAAGAUAGCCACGAUCCAAGCGCUUCACAGAAUAGCGACGACGACCAAGCCAUCUCAUCGGAGCAGGGCGCAAGUCAGCCAAAUGUGACGAAUCUCUUGGCUGCUUCACCAUCUACGUUCAUGCCCGCCCCAAAUGGACAGCAAUUUUACUUGGGGACAUCAUCGAAUUGGUCUUUUGCGGGCAAAGUCCUUAAGAUAGCCCAUGAGAAUAUCCAUCAAGCGCCAUUGCCACCAAAUUCAUUACUUUUCGAUGGUUUGGCGUACGAUUUGGGAUGGGACGGGCCUUUGGACCACACAGAUCCAGAAGCGCUUGCCAUACCGAGCCCUGACUAUUCCAUAUACCUGGUGAACGCCGUCAAGUUCCAUUGUGGACAAAUGUACCAUCUGUUCGAAGACGACGAAUUCCACCAGCGCCUUCAACAAUUUUACUCCGAGCCUGACAAUCCUGGCAGAACAUCUAGCUUAUGGUACAUUCACUUUCUCCUGAUCUUGGCUUUUGGCAAGAUUUUUAUAAUGCAGAAAUGUGCCGGCAAGCGGCCUUCCGGUGCGGAAUUCUUCGUCAGGGCCAUGCAACUUCUACCGCCAGCUUAUGUUUUCCCUCACGACCCAGUUGCCUCUACGGAAAUUCUUUGCUGUAUAGCAUUAUAUCUCCAAUGCGUUGACCAUCGUAGCUCCGCGCAUACAUACAUUGGUCAAGCGAUGCGUGUGGCCCUGGCCUACGGGAUGCACACAGAUAUGCCAGAGUCUCAACUCGGAGAGAAACACGUACAUAGAUGCCGCAAGAUCUGGUGGACCAUAUUCAUAUUGGACCGACACAUGACAUCUAUGAUGGGAUUGCCUCAAAACAUCCGAGACUCGGAAAUUCAAUGUCAAUUGCCAAUAUUCCCCGAGUCCGGUCAACGAACGACGACGCUUGACUUACACAUCAAAUUGGCACGCAUUAUAGCGGAGAUUAACAACAGUAUCUAUGGUAUUAAUGGUCGAUUGAAAGGAAAAUUCUUAAUGAGUACGAAGGCAUCGCUAGAAAAUUUAGCGGGUUUAGCGACCGAGCUUGGGCACACUUUACCCCUGAAAUUAGAUCAGCCCGGCUACGGCGUUUCGAGGAUGUCCGCUUCGCUACAUCUUCUUUACCACCAGUGUAUCGUGUUGGCGACGCGUCCCUUGAUGUUUUGCGAUCUGAAAAUGAAAUUUGAGUCCGCAACUUGUCGGAACAUUUCCACCCAUGACCGUUUUGGUACUCUCUUACAAAUGUGUGUAGAGUCUUCUCAAUCAAUCGUCAUCAUAUUAGAGAGUCUGCAUGCUCAAGGACUCCUUGAGACAUUCUUAUCCCUUGAUCUCGAUUCUUUACACGCAUCAUCGAUAAUACUAGCUAUCGCAUCCAUCGUCGAUGAGAACCGCAUGAGGGAUCGCCCUGCAUGGGUGCAGCGAUCUCUAGAGUUAUUCGAUUGCAUGAUAUCGGCCGGAAAUCUGGUUGCUAGCUGGCGAAAGUCGGAAAUGCAACAACUUGACCAAAUGAUGAGUGAAAUUUUACUUGCUCGUAACAACGUCGCCUACACUACAUGUUCAGACGCGAGACUACAACCUCAUGAUAGCCGAGCCCCAACAACCCUUCCUAUCAAUCAGGAGCCGUUACCCUUACCACCCCUCCACAUGAACGGUAUGAGCAGCGGCGAUGAUCUCUCGGCAGAUCAACUCUUGGCGAUUGCGAGUUCUAUCCAAGAUGAGGAUGUGGAAUGGAUGGACCGUGCAAUAGCAGAGAAUAGUAUCUGGUAG